CUGUUCAACUUUAUAUCCCACAAUUCCUUUCUGCGUCUUCCUCUUUCCCUACUGCAGCCAUGUCUAAGAGAGGACGUGGUGGUUCAUCUGGAGCCAAGUUCCGCAUCUCGCUGGGUCUCCCAGUGGGAGCGGUUAUCAACUGCGCUGACAACACAGGUGCCAAGAACCUGUACAUCAUCUCUGUCAAGGGCAUCAAGGGACGUCUGAACCGUCUGCCUGCUGCAGGAGUGGGUGACAUGGUCAUGGCCACAGUCAAGAAAGGCAAGCCAGAGCUCAGGAAGAAGGUGCAUCCUGCGGUGGUGAUACGGCAGCGGAAGUCGUAUCGGCGAAAAGACGGCGUGUUUCUCUACUUUGAAGACAACGCAGGUGUCAUAGUGAACAACAAAGGAGAAAUGAAAGGUUCAGCCAUUACAGGACCGGUUGCCAAAGAGUGCGCCGACCUGUGGCCCAGGAUUGCCUCCAACGCCGGCAGCAUAGCCUGAGCUGGACCUGUUUGUUUUCAAUAAACUGUUGUUAAUCAAACCACA